AUGACUAGUAUGAAAUUAGAAGAAAAAAAUCGACUUCGUCUACAAGUUCUUGAUAUGUUUAAACAUGCAUUUAGUUCAUAUAUGAAAUAUGCUUAUCCUGCAGAUGAAUUAAUGCCAUUAAGUUGUAAAGGUCGAUAUCGAGGUUCUGAACCAUCACGAGGUGAUAUUGAUGAUGCACUUGGCAAUUUUUCAUUAACACUUGUCGAUAGUUUGGAUUCUUUAGCAGUUCUUGGAAUGUUUGAUGAAUUUGAACGUGCCAUUCGUCAAGUUAUUCAACAUGUUACAUUUGAUCGUGAUGUUGUUGUUUCUGUAUUUGAAACAAAUAUUCGAAUGGUCGGUGGUCUUCUUGGUGGUCAUAUAUGUGCAAAAUAUAUUCAUUUACAUUAUCCAUCUCGUUUAUCUUGGUAUCGUGAUGAAUUAUUAAUUUUAGCACAUGAUUUAGCUUUACGUUUAUUACCAGCAUUUAAUACAACAAGUGGUUUACCAUUACCACGUGUUAAUCUUCAUUAUGGUAUUGAUUUAACAUUAUCAAAAAGUGAACGUGAACGUUAUACAUGUACAGCAUGUGCUGGUACAUUAAUAUUAGAAUGGGCAACAUUAUCACGUUUAACAGGAAAUUAUUUAUUUGAACAAUAUGCUGAUCGUGCUAUGUCAUAUUUAUGGGAAAGACGACAUCGACAAUCAAAUUUAAUGGGUACAAUACUUAAUGUACAUUCAGGUGAUUGGAUUGUACGUGAAUCAGGUAUUGGUGCUGGUAUUGAUUCAUAUUAUGAAUAUUUAUUUAAAGCAUAUGUUUUAUUGGGUGAAAAAAAUAAUGAUUAUUUAUUAAGAUUUGAAGAACAUUAUUCAUCUAUAAUGUCUUAUGUUCAACGUGGUGUUGCAAUGAUUAAUGUUCAUAUGCAUCAACCAUAUCGUUCAGUUAAAAAAUAUAUGGAUGCAUUAUUAGCAUUUUGGCCUGGUUUACAAGUUUUAACAGGAGAUUUAAAAUCAGCUAUUGAAUUACAUGAAAUGCUUUAUAAUGUUGUUAAAAAACAUAAAUUUUUACCAGAAGCAUUUACAACAGAUUAUAGAAUACAUUGGAAAUCACAUCCAUUAAGACCAGAAUUUGUUGAAUCAACUUAUUUUCUUUAUAAGGCUACUGGUGAUCCACAUUAUCUUGAAGUUGGUAAAACAAUCUUAACUAAUUUAGAAGAACAUGCUCGUGUAUCAUGUGGUUAUGCUGCUUUAUCUGAUGUUUCUACUGGUCAAAAAGAAGAUCGUAUGGAUUCAUUUGUAUUAGCUGAAACAUUUAAAUAUCUUUAUUUAUUAUUUGAUUCAAUACCACAUCAUUAUAUUGAUAUUGAUCAAUUUAUAUUUACAACUGAAGGACAUCUUCUUCCAUUAAAUAUUUUAUUAUUUAAUAUAAAUGAUACAUUAAAAAAUGAAUUCAAUCAAAUAACAUUAAAAUCAGCACAAAUUUAUGAACAAAAAAAUUUUUCUUCAUCUGAAAAAUCAUAUGAACGAAAAGCAAAAAUAAAUCAAUGUCCUGCAAUGGAUGAACAAUUUAAAUCACAUCAAUAUAAAGAAAAAUUACGAGAAAAUAUUCGUGGUGAUCAAGAUAUGACAGAAACAAUAACAAUAUCAUCAAAAUAUAUUGAUAAACAAUCAAAUAAUAUAUCUCAUCAUCGUUUAACUGCUAUGGAAUUUUCUGCUGAUAAUCCUCAGCAUAUAUCUGAACUUAAACAAAUGGGUAUUGAAAUUCAAUAUUUGAUUGGUGGUCAAAUUCAAUUAGCUCAUAUAGCAUCAAAUGCUGAAUCAAUUGAUGAUGCUGAAAAUGGUUUAAUAUUUAUGCAAGAUAUGAUUGAAUUAAUGAAAAAUACAAAUACAGUAGAAAAUUCUCUAACUUAUCAUAUACCAUUAACGGUUAUACCAUUAAUAAUUCCAUUAUUAGAAAAUCCAAUUAGUUUUACUGUUAUUACAGCUCAAUUUGGUAAACAAUUACAUGAUACUCAAGGAAUAUUUGCUCAAUUAUAUGUUGUUGAACCAUAUUCUGCUUGUUCAGAAAUAUUAUAUUCUCAUUAUGUUUAUUCUCGUAUUGGUAUUGUUCGUCGUGGUGAUUGUAUGUUUAUUGAAAAAGCUUAUUAUUUAGAAAAAGCUCAAGCUAUUGCUGGUAUUGUUAUUGAUAAUAAUAUAUCAUUAAAUUCUUCAAAUGGUGCAAUAUUUUCUAUGUCGGGUGAUGGAAAAACUAAUGUAAAUAUACCACUUGUUUUAAUGUUAAAAGAUGAAGCAUAUUCAUUAUUAUAUUUAUUAUCAAAACAACCAAAUUUAUUUGUAUAUAUUGGAGAAGAAGAUCGUUUAAUGGAUAGUUUUUAUCAACAAAUUGAUUAUUUAGAAAGUUUAAUUGAACCAUUUAAUCGAACAACAAAUAAAUGGAUAUAUGGACAAAUAGAAUUAUUUAAAAAAAUUAAACAAUGUUCGAUUGUACCAAAGAAUUUAAAACAAUUAGAAUUAACAAUUCAACAAUACAUUGUAUAUUUUACUCAAAAAUAUAAUGAUCCAUCAUUUAAUCUUGAUUUAACUACUUUUAAUUUCGAUGAUCAAUUAAAUAGUAUGGAUGUUUAUCCUACAACAUUUGAUGAACCAUUUCAAGAAGUCAUCUAUAUUAAUAAACAAUCAUUGAAUUUUAAUACAACUAUUGAUAUACAAGAAGAACAAAUAAAUCAAUUCGUUGAAAUCGAUGAAGAAACAAAUGAAGAUGAAUAA